AUGCCCUUUAACCCGACGUAUGCGUCCGUUCUCACUGAGGGCUGUGACUUGCACUACUGGUACCAGGGCUCCGGGCCGUUGCUCGUCUUCGUCGCUGGCGGCGGCGGCAUCGGGCGUCAGUAUAACCCGUUGUUUGAGCACCUCGACCAGAAGUUCACCGUGUGCACGUAUGACCGGCGGCAGACCAACGACAGCCGGGUGACCGGGCAGAAGAAGCUGCUCAACCCGGCGCAGCAGGCGCGCGACAUCAUCGCCAUAUGCAAAGCCCUGGGCCGCGAGAAAACGUGCGUGUUUGGCAACAGCGGAGGCGGAAUCAUCGCGUUCCAGUUUGCUGCCAGCUACCCCGAGUUUCUCGACCGCGUGGUUGUGCAUGAAGCGCCUACGACUGCCCUCCUGGACGAUGCGACGUACCAUCUCAACAGAGCGUUUGAACUUCUAGACGUCUACAGGGCGUCCGGCACCACUGCUGCUUUUCUAGCCUUUAGCACCGAACUGAAGGGCUUCGGGGACCCCUCGGACAUGCAGCUGCAGCGUCCUUCCGAGGAAGACAUGCAGAAUUUCUGGGAAAACGAGUUCCUCCAGUUUACCAUCUACUGCCCGGACCUGAAGAAGAUCACGGACAACAAGGUGUCCAUUGGCGUCGCGGCCGGGGUCAAGAGCGCCGACGCAUUCUAUGCGCGCACGACGAUCCGGCAGUCGGAAAUCCUUGCGUGCCCCAGGUUCCUGGUUGCUGGCCACCAUGGGGGAUAUGAGGUUGAGCCGGAGGAGUUUUCGGCGCAGCUGGUCAAGGCUUUCCAGGUGCUGGACGAAGCACGAUAG